GCCAUCUCUCCAACCACCAUGGCGUUGACGCUGGGCACACCCGUGAAUACCGCGCUCUUCCUCUUCAUCAUCUACUCUGUCCGCCGCAUCGUCUUUCCCUCCGUGUCCAAGCCCAAGACCAUACCACGCGAAUUCAAAGCUGGGUACUCUUGGAUCCCCAAAUCCCACCCACCCACCGUCCUCUUCAAGACAUACACGCCCAAGACCCUCGAGCCUUUCAGCGGCAGAGAUGGGGGACGCAUUCUUCUUGCUAUCAACGGGGUCGUCUUCGACGUGACCGCUGGUCGAAACUUCUAUGGCCCCAAUGGGAUGUACGGUAACUUUGCGGGACGAGAUGCCUCACGGGGAAUGGCGAAGCAGUCUUUCGAUAUCGAGAUGUUGACUCCCAUCGACCAACCGCUCGAUAAACUUCAAGACUUGCAGCAGGAUGAAAUUGAUAAUAUGCGAGGGUGGAUCGACCACUUCUCCAACAAAUACAUCAUUUGUGGCAAGCUAGUCGAGAACGAUGCUAUUUUAGACUUGCAUAGUUAUCGCGUGAUAGCCCCUCCUUUGCAUAAAACGCUCCCAGAGCUCUAA